GUUUGGUGGAGGGUUGUUUUGAUGUUUACUGCUGUGAAAUAGAGCUUAGCAGUUAAGAAGGCUUGGCUAGCUGGGGUAUUCUAUCAAAUUUGGGCACUUUGCCUCUAAAACAUUUGCAGUUUCAGCCUAUCAGUCCCUGGUCUCUGAAGAUCAGUUGAUGGGUUGAAAACCAGGGGGAGUUAAAGGGGAGGGAGAUAAAUUGCAGGAAAAACUGCUGAUUUGUCUGUUGCUGGCUAAUGUGAACCAGAUCCCCAGGGAAAGGGAGGCCAUUCCCACCUGGAAUUGAGCUUUUGAGCUGAGUGCAGAUGGAAGCAGAGAUGUGGUAGCAGCUGGUGCAGCUCCGGUGUCUCGCAGGGAAAUGCUCAAGAGCACGCCGCCUCUGCUUCUCCUCUGUCAGUUCCAGCAUGCUUGCUUUUGGCAUCUCUUGUGGGUCUUGCAAACCCUGUUGACAGAAAGCAAUGGGAGAUCGUUGCUUCCCCAAUUCUUUAUGUUCAGACUAUAGCUGCUUCCUCUUUCCUGCUCACAUUUUCCCAUAUGGUGACUUUGGAAAAUUCCUCUCCGAUUCAGUUGAAAGUGCAGGAAACUCGUUGGUAGAGGGUUGCCUGUUGCUCUGAUCCUGCUGCUCACAUCUGGAAAGGAUCUGACUUGGAAAGGGGAGACUCACUCUGAGCUCAGCGCGUGUAACUGACAUGGCAUGAGCUGAGGGAGCCUGUGGGGGCCAGAGAAAUGUUCUUCUCCAUUCAUCUGAUUUCUGACAGCAAAGGGGCGAUGCCCGCCGGCGGCCGGGCGCUGCUGGCGCUGGGGCUGCUGGCGCUGUGCUGCGCCGCCGCCCGUCCGCCGUCGGCCGACAACGACUUCCCCGAGGGCGGCCCCGAGCGGCGGCGGCCGCCCGGCCCGGGCCCCGCCUGCCCCCGCGACUGCGGCUGCACCCAGGAGGGCGUCGUGGACUGCGGCGGCAUCGACCUGAAGGAGUUCCCGCUGCAGCUGCCGGAGCUGACCAACCACCUCUCCCUGCAGAAUAACCAGAUAGAAGAAAUCUUUCCAGAAGAGCUCGCUCGACUUUACAGGCUGGAAACUCUCAAUCUGCAAAACAACAGGCUGACUUCAAAAGGGUUGCCAGAGGAAGCAUUUGAGCAUCUGGAGAACCUGAAUUACCUGUACCUGGCAAACAAUAAGCUAACAGUGGCUCCAAAAUUCCUACCAAAUACCUUGAUCAGUGCAGAUUUUGCAGCCAAUUAUCUGACUAAGAUAUAUGGGCUCACCUUUGGACAGAAACCAAACCUGAGAUCUGUGUAUCUGCAUAACAACAAGCUUUCAGAUGCUGGGUUACCUGACAAUAUGUUCAAUGGUUCUGGUAAUGUGGAGAUACUCAUCAUGUCCAGCAAUUUCUUGAAGUAUGUUCCAAAGAAUCUUCCUCCAGCACUCUACAAACUACACCUAAAGAACAACAGGCUGGAGAAGAUCCCCAAAGGAGCCUUCAGUGAACUCACAGGUCUGCGGGAGCUGUACUUGCAGAACAACUACUUGACUAAUGAAGGGAUGGACAAUGAAACCUUCUGGAAAUUGUCUAGUCUGGAAUACCUGGAUUUGUCAAGCAAUAACCUCUCACAAAUCCCAAGCGGGUUACCUCGGAACAUCGUCCUCCUCCACCUGGAGAAGAACGCAAUUAAGGUGAUUGGCAGAGAUGUCCUGACCCAAAUUAAGAACCUGGAGUACCUUCUGCUUCACAACAACAAACUAAAAGCCCGAGGCAUUCACCCCUUAGCCUUCCAGGGCCUGAAGAAGCUGCACACUGUCCACCUGUACAAUAACAUGCUGGAGAGGAUCCCCAGCGGGCUGCCUCGGCGAGUCAAAACGCUCAUGAUCCUUCACAACCAGAUCUCUGAGAUCAACAGGAAUGACUUUGCCACCACCUACUUCCUUGAGGAGCUGAACCUGAGCUACAAUAAGCUCAAGAGUCCCCAGAUCCAUCGGGAGGCCUUCCGUAAACUGAGGCAACUCAAGUCCUUGGAUCUCUCUGGGAACAAUCUCCACACUGUGCCCUUUGGCUUCCCAAAGAACGUGCAGGUUCUGAAGCUGAAGGAGAACGAGAUCAGCGUCAUCCCCAAAGGGACUUUGUCUGGGAUGACAAAGCUGCGGGAACUGUAUUUGAGCAACAACAAACUGAAAAUAAGUUCCAUUUAUUCAAGAGCUUGGAGAGAACUCAGCAGUCUCCAGUUAUUAGACAUGGCUGGCAACCAGCUGACUUCUAUCCCCCCAGGCCUGCCAGAGUCUCUGGAAUAUCUCUAUCUCCAGAAUAACAAGAUCACAACGAUUUCAGAGAAUGCUUUUGAGUCCACACCCAAUAUAAAGGGGAUUUACCUCAGGUUUAAUAAGAUUGCGGUUGGAGCACUGAAGGAAAGCACCUUCCAAAACCUACAGCACUUGCAGGUGCUGGAUAUUGAAGGGAACCUUGAAUUCAGCAACAGUUCUAAGAAUAAGGAUGACUCAGAAGAGGAAAUGGAAGAUGAGGAAGAGGAAGAGGAAGAAGAACUGAGAUAAAAUGUGAACUCACACAGUCACAUCAUGUGGGAGGGAGGCAUAUGGAAAAUUUCCCUCUCAGCCUGUGUGUACAUAUCUAUAGAGAAACACAGAGAACACUUAGCAAAAUGUGCAAUGAAUUCUGCAGGAGCUGUCGUGGCACUGGGCCAGGCUGGUGGAAGACAGUGUGUUACAGUGCCUUAUCCAGGGAGAGACCCUGAAUGCCUUUCCAAAGCUUCCAAAUCAUCUUAUACAAGACCCAGGAUCAUAAGGGAUUGCUCUGGAACUCACAAAAGCUGGCUUUUGUUUCUUCUGUUUCUCUUCCUUCACUGCUACCAUCUGUAAUAACAAUAUGGGACUGUUUUGAGCACAUGCCUUCAAACGCUGGUUUUGUCACUGCAUUUUUAGUGACCCCUGUAUAUGCUGCUUUUCUUUCCCUCCACCCCAGAGAGGCUGGUUUUGAUCAGGCAAGAUGGAUAUUUGCAGUAGUUUUGUAUGUGGAGCAGUUAUAGGAGGCACUUUGGUCACCAAGCAGCACUACUAAUUGUGGAUGCAAUUGUUCCUCUGUUCUAACAAUGUGUAUAUUUGGA